AUGCAUGAGAUGCAACAUUCGAUUCAAUUGGAAUCAGGUCCUUCUCGCGAACUAGCGCACGUUUAUGAUGUCCUCAGAUUCGAACUAUAUGAUGGUAUAUUUGCAUACAAGCUUGAUCUUGAGAUUGAUGAGUUGCUUAAAUCCUGGUUGAGGCACGUUCAAUCCUUUUGGAAUCUUGAAGACAAUCCUUCAGGAUUCGAUAUCAAAGUGGUGCUGAAUUUUUUAGUGGAGAAAUUGUCAGCACGGACUCAUGAGUCACUAUCCGAAACGUCAAAAUAUCAACUUGAUCUACACCGACAAGUAGUGAAGCUAUUUGAUCAACUUCUAGCUGAUCUUGAGUUCCAGAGUUUUGCAAGGGAUGUAUUGCGAGUGAUGGUAUUGGAUUCCACUUACAAGACUUUGGUCUUUGAGAAAUGGACACAAAACCUUAAUCGUCCAGAAGAUAUGCUUGAUAUUUUCGUUGAUCAAAGUUUUGAUCGAUACAUCAAUUUCGUUCGCUCGCUACGCAAAUUCAAGACGAACAAAGAGAUGGAUAGGAUGCUUCGAUCACGAAAGUUUAUUAGUGCUUUUUCGCAAAAAGUCGGUGAUGGAGUCUAUGUAAGAGCAAUACAGUAUGCUUGGGAAUUUGAAAAGUGGAUGAGCACAUCGUCACUCACGGUUCACAACUCGAACAUAAUACAAAAAGAGAUACUCAAUUUGACGACCUCAAGCUACUCGAGUUUUGUCGCAUUUGAUAAACUGGUGAAGCUGUUAAUUUCGCUUCAAGAUGAUUUAGAAGUGAAACAGCAUUAG